AUUUAUUUUUUAAUGCUUUUUGCCUAUUCAGACAUUCGAUGAGGGCGGAGGAGACCAAUGAGAACUGCCUGACCUCCUCGACAGCGGUGGCAACGAUCCCAAGAUCAACAGGGUCACAGCUCAAUUAUCUGAAUGUGGGCUCUGGGUUUAAUCCGAACGUGUUUCCCACACUGCGACUGCGACUGCGACUCGAGCAGAGCAGUGAUUCGAAGGGCGGCCAACUGGACGCCAAUUGCCCCACGGCAGUCACCCACCAGCAACCACGUCAAGUUGUCGCCCAACCAGGACGCAACAGCAGCAGCAGCAGCGACAACUGUUGGCUGGAGACGCAGCCAAACUGGUUGCGGCGCCAUCGUUUGACCUUUGACCAGUGGCUGCUGUCCAAAAAGAAACAGGAGCUGGUGCGUCGUUGUCAGUUUCGUCGCGAGUUGCAGCAACAGAAGCAGGUGAGGCAGGUGCGCAAACAGAUGUCGGAUCAAUGCUAUGCGGAUUGGCUGCACCUGAAGCGUCGCAGUCGAGUGAAGGCGUCGACGACGACGGCGGAGGCGGCUGCACUGGUCGCAUCGACGUCGGAGCAGAGACACCGCUGCUUGCGGCAGUGGGAGCAGCGUAAGCAGCACGAGUCGCAGCAGAGACGCGAACAGCAGCUGCGCGCCAAGGAGCAGCAGCACAUGGACGAACGGGUGCGUGAGCAGCUCUCCCGGCUGUCCUGGCAGCGUUGGCUCGCCCAGCUGGCGGUCAAGUCGCUCAAGCCCCGAUUCGCAACGGGGCAGCCGGGCAAGACCAGGUCGUCAGCUGGAGGAGCAGCGUCGCCAGUGUUGACGCAGCAACAGCGCCGAAAGUUGCAGCAGCAGCUGGCAACCAUCUCUCUCCGCAUGCCACUCUCCGUGGCACAGCGUGCGCUGUGCGAACGCGACAAAGCUUCGAUUAAUCGCAAAGCUUCACUUUUGAAGUCAGUUUCAGCUUAGCCAAAAUCAAAUUCUACAACAAAAAAAAGACAUACAAAAAUGUUUAAGAAAUAAUAUUAAAAGUUGCUUAAAACUCAGUGAGGAGCUUUGAGCG